UAAGUUUUGAGAGAGAGAAGGAGAAGAAGAAAUGUCUACGUCGGAAUCUGAAGGGCAAGUGAUCGGCUGCCACACUGAUGCUACCUGGACCGAGCAGCUUCAGAAGGCAAAUGACAAUAACAAGCUGGGUUAAUUUUUCAUGAGAUUCGUGGUAUAAAUUAUGCUUCCAUAUUCCUUGAUCAAUGACAAUGAAGAAGAAGGGAAAUAGGCACAAAAUGGUAGUUGUGGAUUUCACUGCUUCCUGGUGCGGACCCUGCCGUAUCAUCGCUCCAUUCUUUGCAGAAUUAGCGAAGAAGUUUCCUGCAGCAAUGUUCCUCAAGGUGGAUGUCGAUGAGUUGAAGUCGGUUGCUAGUGACUGGGCAGUGGAGGCAAUGCCAACCUUCAUCUUCCUCAAAGAAGGGAAGAUCUUGGACACCAUUGUAGGAGCAAAGAAAGAAGUGCUGCAACAGACGAUUGCUAAGCACCUCAACACUGCUACUGCCUAGAACUAUGCUAGUGUGCUCACUUAGACGUUCAAGCUCCUUUUUAUUUCCCUUGCAGAGUAGUAGUAAUGUUGACAUUUAAUUCAAUAAAGGCUUAUGCUUUUGAUUGCUA